CGCAAGCGGGAGGGGAAGAGUUUCCUAUUUGGGGAUAUCGGUAAACACUAGUGCGCUCUGCCCAGGCUAACUCGUGACUGUUGGACGCAGCUUUGUGGUUACGUGGAAAGCAGUCGCGCGUUCCCCGAAGAAAAGCAAGGUCAGCAGCUGCCGUCCCACGCUUUGCAAGGCAAAACACAAACAAAAGCCACGUGAUUCUGCGCCUGAUCUCCCACGUGAUCUCGGGGAGGGCUGGUGGUGGUGACGGCGAAACGUCGAGCCGCUGCGGGAGAAAGAGGAGGGGACCGGGGCGGUUUCUCUUUCGGAGUAGGAAAGGCGAGGGAGAAAGGGAAACGAUGGCAACGAGAGCAGAUGCCCUGGUGGUCUCUUCGCUGCCCGCUUGCCUCGCAGUGCAGCCCCAGAGAUGUGGAUCACUAGAGAAGGAAAUAUAUAUCUACACAAGAAAAGGAGUGAUUUGUCACCUACAAGGCCUGCAGAUCAUCUAAAAGCCUGCACUCAAGACAAACCCCAUUAUGAAAAGUUAUGUUAAAAAGGUGGUGAUGUCAAACCUUUUACACCAGAAGAAGCCAGAGAAAUUGUGAUGUCUCUUCAGAAACCUGCAGUUUUCUGCAACAUGGCUUUUGAUUGGCCAGCACUUCACUGGCAUGCUAUAUAUCUUGCUAAGCUAUUGGCUGGAAAGAGAAUGCGUUUUCGAAUAGGAAUGAAGGACACGGGCACAGCUCCUCUGUUUGAAACGGAAUGCAGCUACGUGGAAGCUACACUUGAAGAGUUUCUGGCCUGGAGUGGGAAACAGCCAUCGCGCUCCUGUGGACCAUUCAGUGGUUAUGAGUUGUGUAAAUACUGGACUUACGCUGACUAUAAGUAUAUUGCUAGGCUAUUUGAAGACAAGCCAGAAAAUUUCCAGGACAUAAGAUGGUCCGACUUUGGAUUUCCUGAAAGAAAUGGAAGAGAAAGUACUCUGUGGAUUGGCUCAGCAAGAGCUAACACUCCUUGUCAUUUGGACUCCUAUGGGUGCAACUUAGUGCUACAAGUGCAAGGAAGGAAAAGAUGGCAUCUCUACCCACCUGAAGACUCCAGUUUCCUUUAUCCUACCAGAAUUCCCUAUGAAGAAUCCAGCGUCUUCAGCAGGGUCAAUGUGGUCAAUCCUGAUUUGAAAAGCUGCCCACAGUUUAAGAAAGCAAAGGCCCAUGUGGUUACGCUUGAACCUGGCCAGGUCCUGUUUGUUCCCAGGCACUGGUGGCAUUACGUAGAAUCCAUUGACCCAAUCACUGUUAGCAUAAACUCAUGGAUUGAACUGGAUGCAGAUCAUGAAGCCCGUGUAGAAGAGGCAAUAACUCGAACGCUGAUAUGUGCAAUCAAAUCUGCUGAAAACACCAGUGCAUCAGAUUCCUGGCUCAACCCCACAGAGGUUGAAGUAACUUCCCAUGAAACCAAUCUUCAGUAUGUAAAUGGGGCUGUUUCUGCAUAUUUAGAGCAUCAGAAGACUAGUAAAAUUGAAGACAUGGACCCUAGAACUGAAGAGGUUAAUCAAUACCCAUGUAAAAGAAAGAAGGUCCAAGGGAGAUCAGAACCUGAAGGCUUCCAGUUGAUGUCCUGUGAAUCUAGCCUAACCGAGAUCCAAGGAAAGAAACUGGAAAAAAUUCCAUUUGGACAUAAUCUUUUUCAGGUUUUACCACAAUUCUGGGAAACAGAUUCAACUGGUUCAGCUGAAAAUGACAGUAAAGGGUCUCCAAAUGAAAAUGAUGAACACUUUGGAAAAUUGCAUUGUGCUGGGAAGACAUCAAAAGUGAUUGGUGAUUCUGGAGCAUUAGUAGAUCAGAAGGAUCCAGGAUGUAGUACCAUCUCUCCACAAGCAGUUAUUUGUACAAAUGAUUUGCUAGAUUGUGUGCUAAAUCCCCAAGUCAUCCGUUUAAUGGCUCAACUUUUGAUAGAAAGAGCAAGUGUUUAAAAUGUGUGCCUUUCUGAAAAUAAAAAACAA